GGCGUCAUCCGGCCAAAAAAUGAAAAAUGGAAAUACAAAAUGAAAUGGCUCUCAUUCAUCUGUUUGAACAUUCUUGUCGCUGAUAAUGAGCUCAAGUACAAGUACAGAUGCCGAGGAAGAAAGGAGGGUAAAAGAUAUCAUAGACGCUUUAAAAUCGGAAGGACUGUUUGAUCAGUUUAGGAAAGAAUGUUUAGCUGAUGUUGACACAAAGCCAGCCUAUCAGAAUUUGAGGCAAAGAGUAGAAGGAUACGUAUCACGAUUUCUAUCAAGACAGCAAUGGAGUCCAAGUCUCAACAAAAACCAGCUCAGAGACAACUUAAGAAAGCAAAUUACUGCAUCUGGGAUGUUGGCUAAUGGUGUAGAAAGAGUGAUAGAACAAGUCAUAAAUCCUAAAAUACUUCAGCUGAUUAAACCAAAGAUUGAUGAAGUUGUUUGUAGUCAUCUGGGCAUUGAUUCUAAAGAAAGAAAAGCCCAACAAGAAGCCCAGAAACAGCAACAGAAAGAAAAUUUGCAGAGUUUAAUGAGCAUAAAUUUGUCUCAAGCUGAACAAAAUCAGACAAGUACUCCCAGUAGUUUUCAAGGAGAGCAAUCAUCAGCAGCAGCUCCAACCUUCUCUUCACCAUAUUCACAAGCUAUCUGGACUCAACAGAUGCCUCCACAAGUUGCCUUUGGUGGCAUGAUGCCAAAUUAUCCUAUGGUUCCCCCAUUUGGUGGAUUUCCACCCUUUGGAAUGCCACCUCAGAUGUUUCCGUAUUGGAAUAAUUUCAUGUUUCCACAGCCAAUUCCAGGAAUGCCAGGAAUUCCAUUUCCACCACCUAUGUCUUCAACAGCCACCACCACGACUGUAACAUCGAGUCAGUUUGCUGUUUCCCCAAUUCCUCCAGUACCUAGUACUCCAACAUCAACAACUCAGACAACAGCUGUUGACACGCCCACUCCUCCAAAAUCAUCCCAACCACCACUACCCCCAACACCACCACCCCCAGGGACUGAGGAUAUACCUGUUGUUAUACCAAAAGAGGAAAGUAAAGACAAAGUAACAAAAGCUUUGUUUAGUGGAGGUAAACAGGAAGAAAAGGGUGAAACAUAUGAUAUUCCACUUCCACCUAUUGCCAGGGCAGCAGGCAAAGUGAAAAGUAAAAUGGGUAUUGUUAUUGAAAAUGAGGACAGCAAUCAGAGCUAUGAAAUGGACAUUGAAGACGAUGAUGAAGAAAGCCAAGAUACGAAAAGGCCUUAUAAAUUUGCCUGGGAUGAGGUUGUUGACGCAGACCAGAAAUCUGAUAUCACGAUCAGUUCUGUACACACCAGUGAUUUAUCAUCGUUUGAGUUUGACGAAUUGGGAAGUGGGAGUGAUAAUGAUAUGUUUGAUUCUGAUAAAUCGGCAUCAGAAGAUGAUGAAUAUAUAGAGAGACCACAGGCAAGUCCAUUAUCUGUAGUCGGAGAUAAAACACCUGAAAUAAGUGAAGACGAUUUUGAAGAUUUAGAAAGCACAGAGAUUCUACCAAAUACUAGCACAGACAUAGAGGUUCCAGAUGUAGAGUUGAAACCAAGUACCAGUACAGAUAAAGAGGUACCUCCCACUACUACCACAGAUGCAGAGGUUUAUCCAGUUACCAGUACAGUUAUUGAACAGGAAUCUCCUGAACUAUCUAUACCACUGCCACCUACUGCUGAUGUGGCAACUGGUGUUGAGGAAGUUGUCUCCCCUUCUAAACAGAAGAAGUUAAUAUCACUCCAGUACAACUAUAGUGAUAGUGAAGAUGAAGAAACUAGAGAAGCAAGGAAAUCAAGAAUAGCUAAAGAAAAAGAGGAACGGUACUUGAAAAGAGCACAAAGGAGAGCUGAACUUGAAGCCAAGAGAAGGGAAAGGGAAGAGGAAAAGGCCAGAAUUAGAGAAGAGAGGAAGAAAAGUAAAGAACAAAAAGCUGAUGAAAGCACAGAUAAAGGUCAAACAGAUUCUAGUGAGAGGAUAGAAAGGACAGACAGUCUGGAGGAAUCAAGUCCCGAGAAAGUUCCAAGUUCUCCUGAAAAGAAAAAAAGAAAAACAAAAGCUGAGCUUAAAAUGGAACUUACUAAACAGAAAGUUAUGGAGAAGAAAGCAGCGUUACGGAGGCAGAGGACAAGAAAUAGAAGGUACACCUCAGAUGAAUUUACAUCAAUUUUCAACGAGAAAAAGCAACCAUUUUCCAGUCAAAGCUAUUCUGAGGUUGUCAUUGAAGAGCCAACUAUUGAAGAAACAAUUGUCACAGAUCACAUUGAAUAUAUAGUGGAUGAGUCACAAAAUCAUCCAGAAUACCACACACAGGAAGUCUGUGAAACAAUGGAAGGAGAGGUUAUUCUAGAGGAUGGAAGGCAAUUAAAAGUUGAAGUUUUCAUGGAAGACAUGCCAUCUACACCUCCUACACCAACUCAAGAUGAACCCUUUACCGAAGUUGUAACAAUAGAUGAAGAUUCAUCAAGUGCACACAUAGAGGAUAAUUCUGCAUCCAGUACACAAGGAAAAAGUAUUGACAGUUCUGAGAGUGCACUUAGAGCCACUAGUCCACUUAGUGAUGUAUCUGACGAGUCCUUUACUGAAGUUCCUAAAGGGACAAAGAGAAAAAGGCAAACCAGUGAAAAGUAUGCUGAUCAAAAUUCAUCCAGAUACCAGUAUCAAAGCCAAUGGACAGAAAGAGAACCUAAGAAAUCUCAACGUUAUGACACAUCAGAUCUAUACAAGCCACGACCAAAUAUCAGAGGAAGUAGGCGAAGAAAUUCUUCACCAGGGGCUGCAUUUGAAAAAGAUGAAAGCCAGCAACCAUCUAGAAGAAAAAGACAGACCAGUAGAAAAUCAGACACUUCAAGAUCAUCUAGACAUUCAAGUAGGUCAAGAUCCAGGUCAGUGGAAUCAGACUGCCAACCUAGUCCAAUAUCGUCAUCCUCUUUGACGUCAGUACAUAGCAGAGGUUCAUCAUACUCAAGGUCAGGGUCAAGUUCAUCAUCAAGCUCAGAAAAAUCUAAAUCUAGAUCAAGGUCAAGGUCAUCAGGGUCCUCUGUUGAUGAGUUUGGUAGAAGGAAACGCAGGAAGGGAAAGAUGCCAAUUGAAAUGAUUGAUUUUGGAGAAGCUGAGAGGAUGAUAGAAAAAAAUCUAUACAGAGUGAGCUUUGGUGAAGCUGAGAAAAGAGCUGCUUCAAGUAUGGAAAUUGCCAGCAUACCCAAGGCUCCAAAAAUGACCAAAUAUGAAAGCAUGGAUGUUCCCAGCAUAGCCAAGCCUACAAAAAUGACCAAAUAUGACAGACGAUUCAAGGUAAGAGGAAGAGGAGGAACCAUGACUAGAGGAGGUACAUGGCAAAGACAGAAUUCCUGGCAGUUUCCUGAAGGAGCAAACUCAGGUUCAUGGUCACCACAAGGGUCACCUACUAAACGAUAUUAUUUUCCAGAACCUGGGAGAUCUCCUUCUCCUCAGUCUCCAUUGAGAGAAGUCUCUCCUGGAAUGUGGGAUGCUAGAUCAGAAUCACCUCCAUAUUAUCCUGGAACAAGGGGACGAAGGUCAUCAUCUCAAUUAUUAGAAGAUUCUCCGCCAAGAAGAUCUCAGUUCGCCAUAGGAAGGCGACCUCAGUCUCCUCCACCAGAGUAUCUAAGAAGAUCAUUAUCACCUUCAGAACACAUGAUGGCUCCUGAACCAUGGGGGAGAGAACCAUCAAUGUCCCCGCCAAGAGUCAGAGGUCAUAGAUCACCAUCUCCACCUUACAUUGGUGGUAGAUUAACGCCAUCACCACCUCCCUACAUACCUAGAGGUCAGAGGUCACCAUCUCCUGGGAGACCAUAUCUUAGAGGUAGAUCUCCAUCACCAUAUAGAACAGGAAUGAGGAGGACACCUUCACCCCCCUUAUCAAGAGGAGGUCAUUCACCAUCACCACCAUUUUAUAGAGGAUCACCUCCACAUCGACCUGUCACCAGAGGCAGAUCGCCUUCACCCCCAUAUCAUCGUAGAUCACCAUCACCUCAUCGGCCAAUGACAAGAGGGCAAACUGCUAUUUCCCCACAUGAUUUGAGAAAGAAACCAGCAGUAAAUUCACCAAAAGUUCCAAUGACAAAUAAACUUAGAAAUAUCAAAUUUGGGUCACCAUUUCAACAGAUGGGAACCAGAAGAGGAAGGUCAUCACCGCCAUCAGAAAAACCUCCAAGUAAACGAGGCAGACGAUAGAACAUCUUAUAUUAACAUUUUGAUGGGCUAUUUUAAGUGAAAAGGAGUGUUCUGAUAUAAUAUACAAUUGACUAGUUCAGUUUUAAAAUUCUAGCUCCAGCAACCAUUGAUUUUCUAUCUUAACAGGUUCUUAAGAUUAUAGGGAAAGGAGCCAUGAAAGUGUUACCCUUGUCUGUCUGUAUGUCCGUAUGUAUGUAUGGAGUACAACCCCAAAUUGGUUUCUGUUCUCUAACCUUAGUUAGCCUCAACCAAAUGUUAUACACAAUGCUUAUUACCACAAAAUACAGAUCAAGUUUGAAUUUGUGGUGGCGUUACUUUUACCGUUGUAGAGUAGUUCCAUUUACAAAUGGAAAAAUUGCUGAAUUUUUUUUUCCCAUUCUCAAACUUAAGUUUGCCUCAACCAAAUGUUAUGAAACUUAUACACAAUGCUUAUUAUCACAAAAACUGAGAUCAAAUUCCAAUUCGGGUGGUGUCACUUUUACCGUUCUUGAGUUAUGUCCCUUUAUAACGUUAUAUGACUGAAAAUUAGACAAACAAUUUGUCAUCCCUUCAAAAAGACUUAUUCACCCCAAAUGGUAAACAGGGGAUGCUAUUUCCAAAAAUUGAAGUUCCUGGCUUCUUUCCCUAUAUUCGAAUCUUAAAUGAUUUAAAGUCAAGACUUAACAGUGUACUUUUAUAAGUAAAAAAUGUCCAUGAAUUCUUGAAUGAAUGAAUAGUUAUCAACUGUGUGAGACCCUCAGAGGAAGUCAAGGUUGUUAAACACCCCCAAGUAGUAUUUGAAAAUACAAAGAAUAGUUACCUCCAAUAUAUGAUUUUGCUAAUAAAAUGAAUUCAUCAUUAUAAUGUAACAUGUAAAGCUGUCAAGCAAAAAUAUUUGUGUUCAUGUUGUGAUAAACAUAAUUUGUAAAAACUUUGACGAUGUGAAAAUCAUGAUUACAGUGCCAGUAUAUAUAUAUAUGUUAAUUAUGCAACGUUAAAAUUUAUGUACAACUUCGUAUAUAUAAGAAUAAGGCAAGUGUUAGAUAUGUGGCCAAUCAAGGAUAUUCACUGGUUUUUCAGCCAUCUCCUGCAAAAUGUUUUUUAAUUCUUGUUAUUUCUCGACAAUGUCUUUUAAAAUAAAUAUAUCACAAUUUUACCAAUCUUUGAUGGAAAAUAUGUUGUUUGGUGAAAAAGACAACUAUUGAUAUUGAGGUCUCUCACAAGGUACUGGUAUGUAAAAUAAGUUUUGGUAGUCAAGUUGUGACAAAAUCAACUUGGGUUAUAAUAAGAUGAAUGCCGUGGGGAUGUCAAUAUUUUGGUUUCUUAUAAUUCAGGAGAAUAACAACAGUCAUGGAACUCAUAAUAAUGUGAGACUUAUUUGAUCAGCAAUCAUGGACUGAUGCUUUUUGUUAUUUUUGUUGUGAAUGAUAUGAAUAUUAAUACAUAAGUAUAACAUUAAACAAAUGUCAUCAUU